AUGAGCACCUCCGCCCUCCGUCUCUACACGGUUUUUAGCACUGCGGUCUGCGCGGCGGGCAUCGCACUGGCGUUCAACUAUUUGAGCGGCCUGUACCACAGAUCCCAUGCCUUUGCACAUGGUUCGGUGUCUCAUGUGCAAACCUUCGAGCUGAAGACCAUAUCCAGCCAGUCGGACCGCGCCGCUCUAGAGCUUCACAUGGAGUACGACCUCCGUGAUGUGUUCGACUGGAGCACUAACGUCAUUUUUUUGUACGUGACUGCCGAGUACGAGACACCGAAGCACCCACGAAACGAGCUUAUCAUCUAUGACAAGGUGAUAGAGGACCCGUCGGAGGCUUACGAGCCUGGCCGCAACAUCGUCAGCAAGUACUACAUGGUCGACUUCGGCCGAUCGUUACGUAAGGCCCGCGUAACGCUGCGUUUAUUCUACAGUGUUGUCCCGAUAGGGGGGGUUAUUUCAUCGCAUAAACUGGCGGAGUCGCGCUUCACAAUGCCAUCGGACUACGUAUUGUAA